UAACAAUCUCAUGCAGAAGAGUAUAAAUUCAGGGACUGCAAGGCACCUGUGACUCUUCCUUCCUUCAGACAUCAUUGGUUCCUGAGGCUGCUUGGGGCAGACAGCAGAGAGAAUGAAGACCAUUCUGCUAAGUAUUCUCCUAGGGAUGCUCAUCAUAUUAAAGGCACAAGCAGUGUUCCCUAAAGAGAAAUUUGAUUUAGUAAAGUUUUCAGGCUUCUGGUAUGAAGUUGGAAUAUCCUCCAGUUCUGACAUGUUCUUGAAGCAAAAAGGUAUCAAGAGGUUGGGAGCUGCAAUUGUGACACCAAUGGAAAAUAAUAUAAGAGUGAAAACUAUUUACGACAAAUCACGAGAGUGUGUUAAGGAAACUAUUUUGGGCAAAAAAGUGGACAUUCCAGGGAAGUUUGUAUUUUCUGGGUCUAGAGAAGCAUAUGUGAUAGAGACAGACUAUAAGACUUAUGCCAUAAUAAAUGUUUCCAUCCUAAGGAAAGGGAUGAAGCUUAAUAUCCUGGAGCUUUUCAGUCGAAAUCUGAAGAACACUGAUGAAGGUUUGAAGAGAUUAAGAGAAAUAAGUGAAAAAGUUGGGAUCUCCAGGGAUAAUGCAUUCAUGUUGAUCUAUGAUGAUACAUGUGUGAAGAUGCUUAAGAAGGAUAAUUUGUAGAGGAGCGUAUUUUGGUUACCAGUAGAGAAAGUUAUCUGUCCAAGGAUUCACAGACCUGAUGGUCCUUCUUUUUCUCCUUUUCCACCAUUCCAUCCAUCCUCUCUUUCCAUAUGCUCAAUCUCUGUUGUGGGGUUAGUCAAAAAUUCCUUUCUCAAUGGUGAAUAAAUUUAUAUUACAAACUG